GUGGCAGUAGCGUAAGUGCUGGCAUGGUUGGAAGCGGUGAGGUGAGAGGCACAGAGAGAGAGAGAGAGAGAGAGAGGCAAUGAUGAAAUUGUUCGACGCACACUGUCACCUUCAAGACCCAAGAAUAUUGAGUAAGGCGCCCCAGCUGAUUGCCAAAGCAAUCGACACUGGAGUUGUUCGCUUUGCCGUUAAUGGCGUUUCCGAGAAAGACUGGGAUUUGGUGAAACAGAUGGGUGAGAACUAUCCUAGUGUGAUCCCUUGCUUUGGGCUCCACCCCUGGUAUGUUGCGGAGAGGACUCCCAACUGGUUCAACAUGUUAAAGGAGUGCCUUGAGCGCACUCCCUCUGCUGCUGUUGGCGAGAUUGGUUUGGACAAAGGUUCACGGGGAAAAGAGAUUGAUUUCACAGAUCAGAUUGAUGUAUUUCGGCAACAACUUCUGCUUGCAAUAGAGUUUAAAAGACCAGCAUCCAUCCAUUGUGUUCGUGCAUUUGGUGAUCUUCUUAAGAUAAUGAAAUCCAUGGGACCUUUUCCUGUUGGUGUUAUUCUUCAUUCAUACCUAGGCUCGGCUGAAAUGGUACCAGAAUUUGCCAAGCUUGGCGCUUACUUUUCAUUCUCUGGAUAUCUUAUGUCCUUGGAAGCAAGAAAAGCAAAGAAAAUGUUAAGGACAGUACCCUCUGAAAGGAUUUUAUUGGAGUCAGAUGCACCUGACGCACUACCAAAGUCAGAACCGGAUUCACUGUUUAUGGUCGACGGAGACCCUUCCAUCCCCGAAGAGCUCCAAGGGCAUGGGGGAAAUUUAAUUUCAAAUGCUGGAACUUCUAGUAAUCUGUCCCAUGCUGUAAGAGAUGCAUCAACACUGCCAAAAGAGACAAUGAAUCAUCCAGCAAACAUUCAGAAUGUGCUCAGAUAUGUUGCAUCCUUUCUUGAUAUGACCAAGGAAGAACUUGCAGAAAUUAGUUACAACAACGCAGUGCACCUGUUCUCUUUUGAUGGUUCAAAACUACUCCAAGAAAAUUAAUUACAGUUUAUCAUCCUAUACAAGCACUGGGAACAGAGUUUUUCCUGUUUAUUUGUUUGUUAUCUACAAUUACACAAUACUCUGUAGCACUUUCUGGAUUUUUAUACAAAGUUAGUAUUGCUUCUCAAAAUCAAAUUAUCUGCAAUACUAUUGGGUAGUUUUACCUCAUUCAGAACUUCCAAAGAACGCAAAUAAUUAUUUCUUCUCAAAAAAUCUUAUAAACGUGUCUUGGA